ACAAAGUUUACAUUUUACGAUUUCACUGUGCCUUGGCCUAAAGUUAUCGAUUUGAAACGAUUUUUUUGGCUGCAGCGCCAUCUUUUAAGACCAACUUCAUCGUCUUCAUCGGCUACAAUAAUAAACACUACAAUAAUGUUUACAAUUGAAAUUUGUAUAAUUUUAUUCUCCUUGUAAAUUGUUUAAAAUUUUAAUUUUCUCCUCGAUUUGGAAAUGUUUAAUGUAAAAAUUCUACAUUAAAAUAUUGACAUUAAUUUUGUUUUUUCUUGUUUGAAUCAUUUUUCAUAAUAAAAAAAAAUAAAUAUAUAUAUAUAUAAGAAAUGAAAGAAGAAGAGGAAGAAGAAAAUGUUGUUAAAUUGGAAAAUGGUUCACAAAAUGAGAAUAGCAAAAUUGCUAUUGGUAUUCGACCAAGACCAUUAAUUUGUAAACCAGGACAUGUAAAUGUUGGAUGUAAAUCCGAACCUCUUGAAACAAAAUGUUAUUGGAAUCCUGGAGCUUGGCAAGAUGCUACUAGAACUAGUGCAUUUCAGCCUUAUAAGCCUCCAACUUUGCUCACAAAUUUACAAAGAGGAAAUACUCAAACAGAAAUACCACAACUUUACGUUGGAAAGGAUAUAACAUUUUUCACUCUUGCUGGUCAAGGUGAACUCACACCGGACGAUAUUUGUCAGGCAUCACUAGAUGCAUUGGAUGAAAAAGGUUUAUCAGGUUUAAUGUGGGCCGCUAGUUACGGUCAAUUGGGUAGUGCUCGUCAACUUUUGGAAGCAGGAGCUGAUAAAAAUUGUCGUGGUCAUCAGGGACAAACGCCAUUGCAUUUAGCGGCUGCUUACGGUCAUCAUGAUUUAGUUAAACUUUUAAUAAGUCAUGGGGCUGAUCCAAAUAUUUAUGAAGAGGAGGGAAAUACGCCAUUAAUUUAUGGAGCGCAUGGAGAUCAUCGUCACGUUUGCUAUGAACUUUUAUCAAAAGGUGCUGAUGUGGCGCAUAGAAAUAUUCACGGCAUAAGUGCAUAUCAUGCUGCUAUUUUAAACAAUUCAUUAGCAGCAAAAGCAGUGAUUGAAAAUUAUUUGGUAGAGAAACUUGUGAACACAUCAACUGGAAUUCUAUCGUAAAUGAGAAAUACAUGCAAAAAAAAAAAAAUACAAAUAAUGUUUAAAACAGAAUUUAUAGUUUAUUCCUAAAUUUGACAUUCGCAAUAAUUUUUUUUAGAAUGUAUUUAUGACUUACUUUAUCAUUCUAUGUACAAUUCUUAAAGUAUUAGUAAUUAUGUGAUUUUUUUUGUAUUAGAAAAAUAAUUUUUCAAUAAUUUAUUUUGCUUAAAUUAUAAAAUGUUAAAUUUUAUAAAACCAUGACUAUAUUUUAUAAUUUUAAAUGAAAUAAACUUUUUAUGAGAUAAAUAUAA